AUGUCGGGACGCGGACCCAAGCCAAACGAAAGUCUACUGCAUGACGGCAGUGGCAAAGGCCAAGAGAAUACCAUCCAAAACGACCAGGCAGAGAAAAACGAGCCCAAUGCCGAUCAGAAAAGAAAGGAAAAGGACAGCAAGGUUAAAGUCGACCUUUCCGAAGAGCCUGCACCAAAAGGGCCUUGGGGAGAUCGUGGAGUUACAUCGGGUAAUGCAGGAAUGUAUCGAGUCCCCGAGAAUUCUUCCACUCUUAACGUUCGAAUCAACUUGGAUCUGAGAGCGGACGUCGCUCUGGAGCUCCACGCAGUUGUGCAGGGUUCUGUCAUCAUUGGCUUAUUUUGA